ACUACUUUAAUCUUGCAAUUUAUAGUAUAAAUUUAUAAAAUUUGAUUUUAUAAGUAGCUUUUGCAAUAGAAAUGUAUUAUUUAUUUGUAAUUACUUAUUGCUUUCAAAAGUGACAAGAAUUUAAUAGAAUUAGACUUGAAUUAUAUGUUUGUUUUGGUAACUUUUUUCAAUGUUGUAAAUGUAUAACUAAAAUUGAUUCUUAUUAUUACUUUAUGUUAAUAAUUAUAUGUAUUUUUCUACAUAAAAGAAAUUACUCUAUAAAUGUUCAGGUUGUAAAAGUUAUACAUUGGAAAAAGUUGCUUUACUUGGGGUGCAUGAAAGAAAGUUGAAUGGUAAGGAGAAAGUGGGUAUCAUCUAAUCGUUCUGGUAAAAAAAAUAAAUAAACUAAUUAUCAAAGAGACAGACAAAAACUAAUGUUAUUUUGUUCUUCAUUGGGUUCUGCAAUAACCACAGCCUUCAGCGAUUGAACAGCUAGAUAUGGACCGACCAUCUGUUCUAGAUAUUGGUAAAAAAUACACGAGAGUGAUUGAGUGUGUGUGUUGAUAAGAAAAUUAUUAAUCACCCCAGCAUAUUUCUAGGUUCGCUAAGUGCUGUUUAUUUGCAAGAAGCUGCCUGUACUUGACAUAGGAACCGUCAUCACGUGGAAAAACACCCGACUUCAAUGCAAGGGGUUACACGCAGAUUAUGAAGGAGCAACUGCUCAAAGGAGAAGAAAACGAGGUACGAAAAAAAAUAGUGGAAAAAGCUAAAGAUGGUUCGCUGAAGGUUUCGAAUGGUGAAGCCAAAAUAACAUCCAAAAAGCGAGGACGUUGGGAUCAAACUGUAGAAGAAAGUCCAGUGCCCCCAAAGAAAAAAACUUUGUCUGUAACUACAAAUAGCGCAGCAGCAACACCAAUCUGGGACACAGAUAAAACACCAGCAGACCAUCGCUGGGAUGAUACCCCAGGACAUAAAGGAAGUGAAACUCCAGGAGCCACACCUGGACAAUCUACUCGAAUUUGGGAUGCGACGCCUAGUCACGCAACUCCAGGAGCAGCAACUCCGGGUCGUGAAACUCCUGGCCACGAUAAAAGUAUCUCUCGUAGAAAUAGAUGGGAUGAAACACCUAAAACCGAGCGAGAAACUCCUGGCCACUCCAGCGGUUGGGCUGAGACUCCCAGAACCGAUCGAACGGGCACUGAUCUUAUCCAGGAAACUCCUACACCUGGCGCUUCCAAACGUAGAUCUCGUUGGGAUGAAACACCUUCUGCUCAGAUGACCCCCACGCCCGCAAUGACACCAGGCGCCAUGACGCCCCAAACUCCACAUGGUACACCAGGUCAUGCAACACCUAUGCUUACUCCAGGUGGUUCAACACCUGUCGGGGUAAAGGCGAUGGGAAUGGCUACACCUACUCCAGGUCAUCUAGCUGCCAUGACACCUGAACAAUUGCAAGCAUAUAGAUGGGAAAGGGAGAUAGAUGAGCGCAAUAGGCCGUAUAGUGAUGAAGAGCUAGAUGCCAUGUUCCCUCCGGGAUAUAAGGUAUUACCACCUCCUGCUGGAUAUAUUCCGAUCAGAACACCAGCCCGCAAAUUGACUGCUACUCCAACUCCCAUAAUGGGUACACCGACUGGUUUUUUUAUUCAGACUGAAGAUAAAACGGCAAAAUAUCUUGACAACCAGCCAAAAGGACAGAAUUUACCAUUUAUGAAACCAGAGGAUGCUCAAUAUUUCGAUAAGCUUCUUGUAGAUGUAGAUGAAGAAGCCCUCAGUCCUGAGGAGCAAAAAGAACGAAAAAUAAUGAAAUUGCUCCUAAAAAUUAAAAACGGCACACCGCCUAUGCGUAAAGCAGCUCUACGUCAAAUAACUGACAAAGCCCGUGAGUUCGGAGCGGGUCCCCUUUUUAACCAGAUUCUCCCAUUACUUAUGAGUCCUACACUUGAAGAUCAAGAACGCCAUUUACUUGUUAAAGUUAUUGAUCGCAUCUUAUACAAAUUGGACGACUUGGUACGUCCGUAUGUACAUAAAAUUUUGGUCGUAAUCGAGCCUCUUCUUAUUGAUGAAGAUUAUUAUGCCCGUGUUGAAGGCCGAGAAAUUAUUUCCAAUUUAGCUAAAGCAGCAGGAUUGGCCACCAUGAUUUCAACCAUGAGACCUGAUAUCGAUAAUAUCGACGAGUAUGUGAGGAACACCACAGCGCGGGCUUUUGCUGUUGUAGCAUCUGCUCUUGGUAUUCCUUCUCUACUGCCUUUCUUGAAGGCUGUUUGCCGUUCAAAAAAGUCAUGGCAAGCCCGACAUACGGGUAUCAAGAUUGUUCAGCAAAUUGCUAUUCUUAUGGGAUGUGCUAUUUUGCCUCACUUAAAGUCGCUUGUAGAGAUUAUUGAGCAUGGGUUGGUUGAUGAACAGCAAAAAGUACGUACUAUUACUGCUCUUGGAAUUGCUGCUUUAGCCGAAGCUGCAACUCCAUAUGGAAUCGAAAGUUUUGACUCUGUACUAAAACCCCUCUGGAAAGGUAUUCGUACACAUAGAGGUAAAGGUUUGGCUGCAUUUUUGAAAGCUAUUGGGUACUUAAUUCCUCUCAUGGAUGCUGAAUAUGCUAACUACUAUACCCGAGAAGUAAUGUUGAUUUUGAUCAGAGAGUUUCAGUCACCUGAUGAAGAAAUGAAGAAGAUUGUAUUAAAAGUCGUUAAACAGUGUUGUGGUACUGAUGGUGUGGAAGCUCAAUAUAUUAAAGAAGAAAUUUUACCUCAAUUCUUCAAACAUUUUUGGAAUCAUCGCAUGGCCCUCGAUCGUCGUAAUUACCGUCAACUAGUCGAUACAACAGUAGAAAUCGCCAAUAAAGUAGGUGCAUCUGAAAUUAUUAAUCGUAUUGUUGACGAUCUUAAGGACGAAAAUGAACAAUAUAGAAAAAUGGUAAUGGAGAGCAUAGAAAAAAUUAUGGGAAAUUUAGGCGCAGCUGAUAUAGAUUCAAGGCUUGAAGAACAACUUAUAGAUGGAAUAUUGUACGCUUUUCAAGAACAAACGACGGAGGACGUGGUUAUGUUAAACGGAUUUGGUACGAUCGUGAAUCAACUGGGAAAGCGCGUUAAACCUUAUUUACCCCAAAUAUGUGGUACAAUAUUGUGGAGAUUGAACAAUAAAUCUGCCAAAGUUCGACAACAAGCUGCUGACUUAAUUUCAAGAAUAGCUGUGGUAAUGAAGACUUGUCAGGAAGAGAAAUUGAUGGGUCACUUGGGUGUAGUUUUAUAUGAAUACCUUGGUGAAGAAUAUCCCGAAGUUUUAGGCUCAAUUUUGGGUGCACUUAAAGCCAUCGUGAACGUGAUUGGUAUGACAAAAAUGACACCACCCAUUAAAGAUCUUUUGCCUCGUCUCACGCCAAUUUUGAAAAAUAGGCAUGAAAAAGUACAAGAAAAUUGUAUUGACUUGGUAGGCCGUAUAGCUGAUCGUGGACCGGAGUAUGUGUCUGCUCGUGAAUGGAUGCGUAUCUGUUUCGAACUUUUAGAACUUCUCAAAGCACAUAAAAAAGCCAUUCGGCGUGCCACAGUUAACACUUUUGGGUAUAUUGCUAAAGCUAUAGGCCCACAUGAUGUACUGGCAACAUUAUUAAAUAAUUUGAAGGUUCAAGAACGUCAAAAUCGUGUUUGUACAACGGUGGCCAUUGCUAUUGUGGCAGAAACGUGUUCACCGUUUACUGUAUUACCCGCGUUGAUGAACGAAUAUCGAGUACCAGAACUGAAUGUACAAAAUGGUGUUCUGAAAUCGUUAUCAUUCUUAUUUGAGUACAUUGGUGAAAUGGGUAAGGAUUAUAUUUAUGCAGUGACACCAUUGCUAGAGGACGCUUUAAUGGAUCGUGACCUGGUACAUCGUCAAACAGCUUGUGCUGCUAUUAAACACAUGGCACUAGGAGUGUAUGGAUUUGGAUGUGAAGAUGCACUUGUACAUCUGUUGAACUACGUAUGGCCAAAUAUAUUCGAAACGUCGCCACAUCUUGUACAAGCCUUUAUGGACGCUAUUGAGGGUAUGCGAGUCGCCUUGGGCCCUAUCAAAAUAUUACAAUACACAUUACAGGGUUUAUUUCAUCCCGCAAGAAAAGUGCGUGAUGUGUAUUGGAAAAUCUACAAUUCCCUUUAUAUUGGAGGACAGGACGCCUUAGUAGCCGGAUAUCCCAGAAUAAAUAACGAUCCUAAAAAUCAAUAUAUUAGAUAUGAACUAGAUUAUGUUCUUUAAAUAUUAUAUUGAGCCUUUUUUUGAGAUUAGCUACUUGCAUGUCACAGUUUUAAUAGAAAUAAAUGUUAAUUAUAAGAUACAAA